AUGAACGCCAGUAGUCAAGAGAUUACGUGCAAAUCAGUCGACCUCGACGGCUUCGGCUCCGCCGCCGACGACGCUUGGUUCGACCAUCACACUGCACCCAUGGACGGCGAGGAAGAGACGGGGGCACAUCCCUAUCAAGCCGCGGCUCUCCAGACGUACCUAAAAGGUCACUCCACGCCAGCCGAGACAGCGGCCGCCAUGACCCAGCCCCAUGGCUCUGAGAAGAAAACCGACCUGCGCAGCCGCGUACUGGGCAUCCUUGAAGACGCACUUUUUGAGGUUCCCGAAAGCCACACGCCCGCCCUCGUCAACCUGCUCAAGGAAAUCAGUCAGCUACCGGACGAAGAAAGCGGCGAACCGAUCUGGAACAACAGUCUCAAGAGCUUCGGCGACUCGUGGUCGGAUGCUUGGAAGCAGAGUCACUGGCGUGAGGCAUUGGCGACGCGGGAUCCAGCUACGAGAGCAAAGAGGCGCGAGGCCCACGUGCACCGGGCGUCUGUGGAAGCGUCUUGUGCAAUGGCUGCUCCUGGACUUAAUGCAGAAGAUGGACUCUUGCCACUGAGCUGGGGCUAUGAGUGCAUCUCCGAGGCGCUGGAAUGUCAGGACGCAGUGUUGGACUUUGAGGUGCCUGCUGCGUUGGUGUGGAUAAAGGUCGCCGGGGAAAGGCUCCGAGAGGGCGCGAGAAGAGAAACAAUGAUUCCAUCUACCGUCAUCGUUGUCGGCUCCGGCCUCGCCGGCCUAACCACCACCAUCCAACUCCUCGCCCACCGUAUCCCGGUCCUCAUGUUGGAACGAUUUUCCCACCCCGGUGGAAACAGUAUCAAAGCUUCGUCGGGAAUCAAUGGCGCGCCUACUCCUUUCCAACCCAUUCCGAAUCCCGACAGUGUCGCGGCUUUUCACGACGAUACCGUUACUUCCGCUGGCGCACCGUUGGUCGCGGCGUCGGGGGCGGAGAAGACCCGACGACAGAAUCUCAUUGAGACGUUGGUGGAGCAUUCCUCGGGGGCGAUCUCUUGGCUUGCCGACGAGCAGGGCAUCGACUUGACCCGAGUGGCACAGUUGGGGGGACAUAGCUUUGCACGGACUCAUCGGGGCGCCGGCAAAAAGCCUCCCGGGUACGAUAUUGUGAGUACCUUGCUGGGGCGGGUCACUGGGGAUGAGCUGUUCCGGAUGGAGACGGGACGGCGAGUGACCAAGUUGUUGAGGGAGGUUGAGGGCCAGGUGUCGGGAGUGGAGUACACGUACCUCCGGGACAACGAAACCGUGGUGGAGAGGGCGUAUGGGCCGGUUGUGGUGGCGAGUGGGGGAUUUGCCGGGGAUGCACACGGACUGUUAGCCAAGUAUCGGCCGGACUUGGCGGGAAUUCCAUCCACGAAUGACCACCGCGAAGGCACGCAGCCUCUGUUGCAGGAUAUUGGUGCUGCGGUCGUGGAUAUGGAGCAGGUGCAGGUGCACCCGACCGGAUUUGUUGAUAGCAAGGACCCGGAGGCGGCAGUGAAGAUCUUAGCGGCGGAGGCGUUGCGUGGGGAAGGGGGCAUCUUGGUCCGAGACGACGGCAGGCGUUUUGUCAAUGAGUUGGAGAAAAGGGAAACGGUGACGUGCGCAAUGAUGGAGCAGGCGAAAGCGUUGCCCACCACGGCGCGGCAGUGGGACGUGGCCCUGGUGCUGGAUGAGGGGGCUGCCGCGGCAUUGCAGACGCAUCUAGGGUUUUAUACGAUGAAGGGACUGAUGCGCCAGACCACGGUGGGCGAGUUGGUGGAGGAACUGCCAUUGCUGGAUGGAACGCUGCGGGACUAUGUCAACGUGGUGUUUCGAAAGACGAAGGAUCCAUUUGGACGCCAGUCGUUCGGGAAUUGGACACUCUCAGAGGUGCGACCGGAGUCUAAGGUGUACGUGGGUAAGGUGACGCCGGUGGUACACUUCACCAUGGGCGGAGUGGUGAUCAACGAGCGCAGCCAGGUGUUGGAUGACCAAGGACGGCCGAUUCCGGGCCUGUGGGCGUCGGGCGAGAUCACCGGAGGUCUCCAUGGCCAGAAUCGAUUGGGCGGGUCGUCGCUGCUGGAGUGUGUCGUGUUCGGCCGCAUCGCCGGGGAUGAAGCUGCUGCGUUCUAUCAGGGUCUUGAUGGGCAAUGUCCCGUAUCUUCAUGA